AUAUCCACCACCUUUCUCUCAAUAUUCUCUAUCGUUCAUCUUCUUCUUCUCAUUCUCCUCUCCAGUUAAUCGCUUCUCUCUUAUCCUCAACCCUAGGGUUAACUUUAAGCUUCUUCUUCUUAUAAUGGCAGAUACCGGAGUAGUCACCGUCUACGGAAAUGGCGCCAUAUAUGAAACGGCAAAGAAAUCGCCGUUUUCUGUGAAAGUGGGCCUUGCCCAGAUGCUCCGCGGUGGAGUUAUCAUGGACGUUGUGAACGCUGAGCAGGCCCGCAUCGCCGAGGAGGCUGGUGCGUGCGCCGUCAUGGCCCUCGAGCGUGUUCCGGCUGAUAUUCGUGCCCAGGGCGGCGUGGCUCGAAUGAGUGACCCACAGCUCAUCAAGGAAAUCAAGCAGGCUGUGACCAUUCCUGUCAUGGCCAAGGCCAGAAUCGGCCACUUCGUUGAGGCCCAAGUCCUCGAGGCCAUCGGAAUCGACUACGUCGAUGAGAGCGAGGUCCUCACCCUCGCCGACGAGGAUAACCACAUCAACAAGCACAACUUCCGGAUCCCCUUCGUCUGCGGCUGCCGCAACCUCGGAGAGGCCCUCCGCCGUAUCCGUGAGGGCGCUGCCAUGAUCCGAACCAAGGGUGAGGCCGGAACCGGGAACAUCAUCGAGGCCGUUAGGCACGUCAGGUCCGUCAUGGGUGAUAUCAGAGUUUUGAGGAACAUGGAUGACGACGAGGUCUUCUCCUUCGCCAAAAAGAUAGCAGCCCCAUACGACCUCGUGAUGCAGACCAAGCAGCUGGGCAGGCUACCCGUGGUGCAAUUCGCCGCUGGAGGCGUGGCCACACCGGCAGACGCCGCGCUCAUGAUGCAAUUGGGCUGCGACGGUGUCUUCGUGGGCUCGGGGGUUUUCAAGAGCGGCGACCCAGCCCGCCGUGCCCGUGCCAUUGUGCAGGCCGUGACCCACUACAGUGACCCGGAUGUGCUCGCUGAAGUAAGCUGUGGGCUGGGCGAGGCCAUGGUGGGGAUUAAUCUCAAUGAUGACAAGGUCGAGAGGUAUGCUAAUCGUUCCGAGUAAUGGGAAUUUAAUAGUGUUAUGGAAAGGUGAAAAGGGUAGUGGGCAAAAGUGUUUGGUGAGACGCCUUUGAAGGGAAAAAGGCCUUUUCAAACAAAUAUAUAUUUUUGAUGUUGUUUUAUGCCAUAAUAUGCCAAUAUAAGAAAUACUUUUGCUUCAGUCAACUGUCGGUUUAGCUCCAACGUCAUGCUGUUGGUACUUGGGCAUUUUUUACUUGUUUCUUUCGAAAGCUUAGACGACUACAGAUGUUAUUAGUUUUUUUUUUUUCCUUUGGUGUAAUUCUUGAAUUGGUUGACAUUAAAGCAUGAAGUUUUUGGUUCAUUCA